GUACACUGGGUUCCGGGUCUUUUCCUUUACAUGAUUGGUCCAGCCUGGAGGGGGCAUGCUGUCCUCCCAGGCAACUGCUGCUAUGUGGACUCAGGUGGGCGACCUCAGGGCCUGCGUGCUGAGACCUGGAUACUGCUAAAGAUGACUGAGGGGCCAUCUACUGAUGGUCUGGUCUGGUAUCAUGGAGGAAGGCAACCAGCUGUUCUUGGCCUUCUCCCCACAGCUUGGAAGGAUAUGACUGUACCUCAGCACAGUGUGCAUUGUUUUUGUGAGUAUCCCCUCUCUGGAUACUACAUUCCCCGGAUGAAGCCACGAAUCCCCGUGGAGAUACGCGUUGGGGAGGGGCAGUGA